AUGAUUUCAGCAUGGCUGGCUAGAUGUGGAAUUCGAAAUGGGACAUUGGUUUUCUUGUGGCAAUGUCCGCCAUAUUUGUUUCAGGAAUUGUUGCCUGAGUAUGUCUCGGCCAUCCAAUCUUUGCGACAGCUUCUGUUCACUCAACUUCAAGGUGCCAGGCCAUUGCAGGCCGCCAGUGUUGCUGCCCAGCUGCGAAUGUAUGUGGACCUUGUGCAGAAAGAUCACUUCAGCAUAUCUUUGGCCAAAGAAGCCUUUGAGGAUUCUCACGUAGCCCAGCUUUGCGAGAAAUUUGGGGUUCUGGCGCAGGAGUUUGCUGGUGACUUACCAUCCUUGAACCUCUCCGCGGCUAUGGACUUGUCUGAGCAGUCCAUCCAAGAACAGCGCGACUUGAUCAUCAAGGAUUUUCAUUUGGGUGAUGGCUUUUUGCGCCGGCUGCAGCAGUGCUUUCGCAAGAAGAGGGAUGAGUUGGAAGACAUCAAUCAAGAGAUGGUCUUGGCAGAAUGGCAGAAGGAGGUGCACAGUGUGGCGGAGUCAGGUCGGUGCUUCAUCCUUUCCAAGUUGGCCAUCGAACUGCCAAAGUACAGGAAAACAUAUGGCGCGAUCUUCAGCAAAUCUGUGGAGGCGAAGGCGCGGGACUUUGCGUUGCAGGUGCAACGCUCACGUGUCGCCGGGUGUGUCCUGUUGCGACACUUUGCAGUGCCAGUGGCGCCGUGGUUUGCCUGGCCAGUCAUGGCCCUCUACAUCAGGCAAGGCGCUCUCUCCGGCAUCUUGACGAUGGCCGUGCAUGGCGUGGUGCUGGCGGGGAUCUAUUCCAUCCUACAGCACCUUGGCGCAGCGCUAAAGUGGCAGAUCCCUUGGGACUUGCUCUCCCAGUUCAUUGCCAUUCUCGGAUGGAUUCGGGUGGCCUGGAUCGUUGCUUCCCAAAUCUUCAGGCCCCCCGAGACGAGAACCAUAGGACAACUCUCUAAUCUGGAGAUCAAGCUUAACACCAUACUGGAACGCACCGAGGCCCAGAUGAAGAAAGAGAUCAUCACCGCAGCCCUGGAAGCAGCACUUUGGAUCGACAGCAACGACCCUUCGGCCGCGGCUCUGGUCGUGCCCACAGAUCCGAUGCGCCAUGCUUCGAUGGUCAAAUGA